AUGGCUACGUCAGCGUCAGCGGACGACAGCGCGCAGCUGGAGGCGGUGGUGCUAUCGGCGCUCAACUCGCUGUACCAGCCGCACCUGACCAACCCCGAGGCGACGCGCGCGGCGGACGCGUUCCUGCGCGGCUUCCAGCUCACACCGGCGGCCUUCGACGUCUGCGCGGCUCUGCUGGACCAGCUGUUGCCUUCCGAAAACAACGCGGCGCUAAAUUCGGAUGUCGUCCCCGCGGUCUUCUUUUCGGCGCAGACGCUGGCCAAUAAGCUGCGCCGCCAGCCCUCCACUUCAACCUGCGACUUCUGCGCGUGGAGUACGCGGAUCGUAGCCUGGUUAUCCCGCAGCGCCAAGCUGCCCAAGAUGGUGGUUACGCAGCUGUUGCUGGCCUUGGUGGCGACGUUGCCGCGUCUCCAGCCGCAAGACCUCAAGUUGCAGGACGCCCAGAACACAGCCAGCCUGCUCCUCGCGGUUAUCCGGGAGAGUUACGCCCAGUGCAAUGGCCAGAGUGUUGUGGGGUACGCCCUGCUACACUUGGCUCAGCACGGCGUAACCUCCACCGUACUCGCCGAGCUACUGCUGCUGCUAGUGGAGGAGGCGGACUCAUUGGCCGAGCGAGGACUCAGACAGAGGAUGCAGGACGAGGUGGACGCCUGGGCGCCCGCUGUGCUGGAUCAGCUGCUGCCCCAGGUCAUGCACGAUGCCAGCAGUACCCACUCAGUGGAUACCCAGGAAACGGUGCUGCGCGCGCUCACGAGCUGGUUACGUUACGUCCGCGUGGACGCCGAGGUGGUGGUGCGUAACCCGCUGCUGCACUCUCUGCUGGGCUUCCUGGCUCGCGACGAUCUUUUCGACGCGUCCGUGGACUUGGCGGUUGAAGUUGUGCGCUCGUACGCGCACCAGAACGUGGUGGUGCAGUGGCUGGCUCCGAGGUUAAUCUCGUUGAGAGGAGCUUUCGGUGCCGCAGCAGAGGUUGAGGACGUGGAUACGUGCUUGGGACUCUGCAGGAUCUUCACGGAGAUGGGCGAGGCGUACCUAGAGCUGUUACUGCAGCAACAUGCAGUGGGGAACGACCACGCGGCGCUGGUGGAUCUGCUACUGGACUGCAUGGGUUACCCGGACGCGGAGGUGGCGGAUGUAUCCAUCCCGUUCUGGUUCCGACUGCUUGAAGAGCUGCAGCGGCGCGCCACGCCCGCGCUCUUGGCGCAGUACAAGCCCCGACUGGAGCGGCUAGCGACUCUGUGCAUGCAGAAGCUGCAAUUUCGAGAGGAGUUCCCGACACUGCCACUGGACAAGCAGCAGGACUUCAAGGGCUUCCGUCAGGAACUCGGAGACAUUCUCCGUGACUGCUGCCAGCUACUGGGGGUUGAUGCUGUUCUCCAGCACUGCGUGAACGGAUUAAACCAGAUUUUCCAAGCACCUGCUGAGUCGCGUAGCUGGGAGGCGGUGGAGGCGCAUUUGCAUUGUUUCCGGUCCAUUGCACGGGAAGUGGAGAGGACCAAGUCCAACGCUGAAGCUCUGGACGCGCCUAUUACGCUGAUCUUCCAGCACCUCCCGCAGUUUGCCGACCACCCGGCGAUCUGCUACACGUCGUGUUUGAUUGUAUCGCGGUACGCUGAGUGGCUACGCGCACAUCCAGCAUCGCUUUCAGCCCAGGUGGGGUUUCUGAAUACCUGCGUGACUAAGAGCGCAGGGGAUGCUCGUUAUGCAGAGUGGGAGGUAGCGCGUGCCGCUGCAUCGGCAGUUCGCGCGUUGGCCAUGGACUGCUGGUCGAUGUUGGGGGGAGAUAUCGUCGCCUUCUACCUGCACAUUGAGGAGCACGAGCUUAUGGUCGUGGAGGACCAAGUCCUGAUUUUGGAGGGUAUUUGCGCGGGUGUGGCAAGUUCUGGAGAUAUGGCGCGCAUUUUGUCGCUUCUGGAUCAAGUCAUGAAGGGCAUUGGCCAGCGACUCACUGCGUUAUUUGCUUCGAGUGCUGCCAAGAGUCAUGUACAGGUCGGGCUUAACGAGUUGCUGCGGCUGAUGGCGAUUUACGAGUACCUGGACAUUACGAAGCUGCAAGGCGAGAAGCACCCGCUUGUGAUGCUUACCGAGCAGUUGUGGCCGCUGAUCAACCAGAUGCUGGCGCUGUAUCGCGGCCACGAUGAACUCGUGGAACGUGUCUGCCGUUGCUAUAAGCGCAUUCUUCGCAUGUGUGGUGCUGAAAUUGCCCCACUGCUGCCGCAGCUUGUGGACAACUUAUUGGCUUUCUACCAAGCAGAGCCAAAGUCGUCGUAUCUCUACACUGCCAGCAUGGUGCUCAAGUUUUUUGCUCGUGGUCGAACCAACUCGGCGGAGAUGGACUCACUCUUCGCUCGCAUGUUAUUUACGCUGAUCGAGACGACUACGCCGAUCUUCGCGAGUGUGAACGAUAUGGAAGCGCGCCCAGACGUGGUGGAAGAGUUUUUCUUCCUCAUGGAGCGUGCCGUGCGUUGCGUGCCGCAUGUGCUUGCUGCUCCUGUCCCGGGCUCCGCCUCGGGACAAGAUCGACCACUCAUGACGAGUAUGUUUUCGUGCGCAGUGGCAGCACUAGCCAUUUCGCACAACGAUGCCAACAAGGCGGUGCUGUGCUUUCUGGAGCAAGUAUACGUGCAAUCUCAGACUGAGGAUGCGCGUGUUAAGCUUGCUUCAUUGUGCACAUCUAGCAACGCGGCACACGAAGAUAGCAACAAAAUGUUGGUAAGUUAUCUGCUGCGAGGCGUUGUACUUGGCGCCAUGUCACCUACACGGGUGGAUUCAGACUACGGAUCGGCGGCGGGUGUUAUGCUGCAGCUAGCCAAGGUCAACGGCCCUCAGCUUCAGCUGUGGAUCGCAGAGUGGUUUGAGCAGGCCACGGCAGGAACGUUCGCAACUGCAGCAGUCAACUUCCUCACACCCGACGAGGCGCGCGAUUUCCAGAGCGAGCUGUUCAGUGCUGCUAACGAGCGCGCAUUCCGCCGUACCGUUCGUCAUUUCGGUAAGCUGUGCGCUUCUCGCAAUACAUCGUUAAAGGAUUGCGAGCGUCAGUAGAGCCCAGCAACAAAAGGCACCCAUACGUGCAGCGCUACUUGAACGGCACAAGGACCA